CUCAACCAGUGGCACUUGAUCGGCGAGGAAAGGGACAAACAAGCCGGCGGAUCAUCUUCAUCUUUUGCGCUCCCACUGGAAGUUGUCGCGAAAAUAGACGGAGUCGCAGGUCAUGCUGUAGUAUCGUCCGGCGAGCGUGGGCCACAAGGGGGCGACAUCAGUAAUGCCAGCGAGGAAAAUACAGACUCGUUGAACUUCGAACCAAGCGACCCGAUCGCGUGUCUCUUUUUCCGCGAGCUGCUCGAGUGUGGGGAGGACGCUCUGGAGUGCUGCGUUGAAGUCAGCGCACACAACGAGCCGCUGUGUGACAACUUGAAAAUAGCGCUAACAAGUUCUUGUAGUACGGAUGAUAAUGCUACAGCAUCACUCUUCGAUGCACUGAAAGAAUCUGCGAGACGCAGAAAAGUGAAUUGCUUCGAAACUCUUACGGAAGAUUCCUUGCGGGCGGACAAGAGGGCGCAAAGCAUGGCACGGAAGUUCAUCAAAAGCGUUCUGUCUGAGAACAAACGAUUUUUAUUGGUUGAUCUCCCGAACGGUGGAACAACUCGUGCGGCGCAUUCGUUCGGCGUGAAAUUUUCGGAGACGUUCUUGCGGAAUUUUGCGGAGCAGCAGCAGCAGGCCGCGUCGAAUGCAGGGCAUCGUUUGGCGGAGAACGCAGUUGGCAGCAACGUCGAGCAAACACCAGCCGAAAACUCGGCUCAGUUCCCUGUGUCCUCAUCUGCCUGUUUUCCUGAAAGCUCUUGCUCUACCUCUUCUGGUGCGGCGGGUCGUCCAGCAUUCCCAGUAACGCAAUCAAUCGGAGAAGUUGGGCCAAGUGAACCAUCAGGGGUGUUUGGCGCGGAAAAAACCACCGCCGUCCCUUCGGUGGAAGCCAACAUAGCAUCAUCCGUCUUUUCAGCCCUCGCGAGCCUGGCUCUGUGUACUAGCGCCAGCAGUGCAGCUUGUAGUAACACAAGCGGAAGAGCCGUUUCUGGUCCUGCAAAAAUUGAGGGCGUAGUCGCAGCAGGGUCCCCUCCUCCUUUUUCCGGCGCAAGAACUGCUUCCCUUGUGAUUGACCACGAAGUCCACCUUGACCUGCAAGCCAAUUCGUCUUCGCCUCACAGCCAACAGCAUUGCUUCGCCACUUCAGCUUCUGCCGAUCAAAAUCCGGAAGAUCUCUUCGCGUCCCAAGAUAAUGUCGAGACCACCGCCCCCAUGGUGCUUCAAAAUGCCACCCCGUCCUGGUGUCUGACACCCCAAGAUCUGGAAAAGCUUCAAC